GCGUACGAGCGACGCGGACUGCGACAGAGGAACUCGCAGGAGACUCAACGGACAUCUGGCAAGGAAAGAGGCAGAGUGCAGUUUGCUGCCAUUUGCUGGAGCUGAAGUAUUUCUAACUGAUUCGAGAAAAGGGGGGUGUGGCACCCUGCGAGCACAUGGACUUCUCUCCCUCUCCCUCUCCCUCUCUUUGUCUUUGCUGUGAAGGAGCUUGGCUUGUUACAUAACACAGCCCCACCACCACCCUGCCCGUUUCAUAUAUAUAUAUAUAUAUAUAUAUAUAUACAUAUAUAUAUAUAUAUAUACACACCAACUCUAAUGCAAUCAUCUCAUUGAGCUGCCGUGUGCACGUGCGUCUUGUCCAGCUCGCGGGGGGGUGUGUCUCCCCCCCACUUCUCUCCCCCGGGGUCUCUCGCGUCCACGCCCCCGCCUCAAAAAUCUUUCAUCCCGGUCCUCUCAUAGGUUACCCGAGGAGGCAGCGGAAGGACCGGUGGCUUUAUAAAGAUCCCACUUGUUCACCGUCGGCCCCUGCUGCUGCUGCCGCCGCCGCCCGGUGUCUCCGCGCUCUCUUUCGUUUGUCUCCGCCAAGUAAGCACCAAAAAUGCCCAGCAAGAGGAAGAAGAACAAGCGCCGCAUGAAGAGGGUGCAGGCCCAGAGGAGAGCACUCGAAGAGCAGUAUGCGGCCAACCGGCCGGCCAAGGCGGGCCCGGCGAUUGCCGUGAGUGCGCCCCCUGCAGCGACCCCGAAGAAAGCGGCCAAACCUCCAGCACCGGUUCCAAAGAAGAUCCCAGAGGCCGUUCCCAUUGCUGUUCCCAUCGCCGUGCCCAUCGCCGUGCCCGUUGUGGAGACGCCCAAAGUCGAACCCAAGCCAGUUGUGGAGGAACCCGUCGCACUGCCCGUCCCAGUCAAAGAAGAGGCACCAGAGCCCGAGGCUGUGGUGGCGGCAGUGGAACAGACUCCGGCAGAAGUGGAGGUUGAAGUCCCAGCGCCCGUCGCCGAAGAAGCGCCGGUCGUCGCCGAGACGCCACCGGUGGCGGCUCCUGAAGUUGAAGCGCCGGUCGUCGCCGAGACGCCACCGGUGGCGGCUCCUGAAGUUGAAGUGCCGGUCGUCGUCGAGACGCCACCGGUGGCGCCUUCUGAAGUUGAAGCGCCGGUCGCCGUCGAGACCCUGUCGCCUUCUGAAGUUGAAGCUGCCGUAGAACCCGAGGCUGAGCCCGUCAUUCCUGAAACAGAACCAGUAGCUGAGGUUACACCCCCGGCUGAGGCUCCAGUGGCUGCUCCCGCUGAGACUGAGGUUACUACGCUCGCCGCCGAGGCUCCGGCAGCAGCUCCUUCGGAGGCGGAGGUUGAGUCGGUUGAAGCUACAAUCGUGCCCACGGAGACGGAACCAACCGAGGCCAAACAGACGCAUGAUGUCUGCGAGCCAGAGACUCGGGUGGAGGCCGCGGCCUCGGCAGAGGAGGACACAGUCGCUGCCGUGGGAGCGGUCGCCGCGGUCGAAGAGGUCGCCGCGGUCGACCAACAGUCUGCCGAGGCGGAACCUGCUGCAGCCGAGGAGGUCGCGACGGCGGAGGAGAAGAUCGCCGAGACCGAACAGGCGACUGAAGCCGGCGUCAGUCCUGCAGCCGAGGAGGAAGCUGAAGUAGAAGUGUUGGCGGAAGAAGACGCACCAGCGGUCCCCGCUGAGCCGGUUACAAUCGCAGAGACUGUUCCUGUCCAAUCUGUGGAAAUCCCAGAGGUGCCAGCCUCCAUCCCCGAGGCGCCGGUAGAAGAAACUCCCGUGGCUGAAGUAACGGAGGUAAAACAUGCGCCCGUCCCCCAGGAUGUCGCCGACGUGGUGGUCGACGACUUCGUCGUCACGGAGUCCGUGUCAGCAGUGGAGGACGCCAUUGCCGAGUCUGUCGCCGACAAAGAGGUUCUGACAGUUGAUGCUACAGUCGUAACCGCGGAGACCGAACAGGAAAUCGUGGUCACGAGCGACGCCCCCAGCGCCCCGACAGAGUCCGUGGAUACGACCCCCGCUGAGCCCGAGCCCGCCGCUGCCCCUGCGUUGGACACGGUCAUUGAUGCUGCUGUGGAUCAGAAAUGUCUGACCGUGCUGUCAGAGGAACCAAAGCCAGAAAUCCGUGACCUGCCGUGUCAGAUGCAGCUCGCCGUCGAGUCCAUGCAACUCAACUCAAUGGAGACGCCAGUGGAGACGGCGUUGAAUGGACACAUGGUUCCAGAGGUCUCCAUUGAGGGUUAGAGCCCCAGAGCAGGACCUUCCCCCCCCCCAUAUUCCCCUUUGGUGCCUUUGAGGACUCAAAGUUUUAAAGGGGGGGGGGGGGCUUUGCGACAGAACCGUCAGGAAAUCCGAGGAAUAUCCACACUUUGAAGUGCCUCUCCUGCCCCCGGUUUCCUGUCAAAAGCCCCAAACCAGAUGUCAACACUGAUGCGUUCGGGGCAGCAGAGCGGACUGUUGUCAUUCGUUUGCAGAAAAUGGAAACGCACCUAUUGUGGCUCCUUUUAAAAAAGAUAAAUAAAAUUAAAUAAAAAAAAAAAUUAAAUAAAUAUGUAUUUCUCUCCCUGGAUUCGAGCAGUGACCGGUAUUUCUUACAUAAUCCCAUCUCUCUCGAACAUCUGCGAACACUGUAGCCUAAGUGAAAGCGGCUACAGUUUGCACUUGGGCCUUUUGUUCAUACAUUUUUCCUGUUUUUCUGAUUCACAUUUCUAAAUCUGAAUUUGCUUCGUCUCCUGUACCCGGGAGUCGCAGUGUCAAACUUCAACCCAGCUUCUGUUUCCGCCUCCUCUCAGGGCCACUGCUAACAUUAGUCUAAUGCUACAACACAUCCCAGAACUAGACGUUGGGGUGUUUCUGUCUUUUUUUGUUUUGUUUGUUUCUUUCCCUCGCUCCUUUUUUUUAAAAAUUUUGUAUAGAUCAUAUGAUGUGCUACAGUUUUGUGUUCAAAGUCUGCUCUGGAGGGAGGGAAGUGAUUUUUUUAUUUUAGGGCUGUUUGAUGGUCUGACUUGAUCUAACUUUGAAAUAAAGCUGUUACGCAUCGUGA